AUGAUGUUCUUGGUCUUCAGCCUCCUCGGUGCAUUUCUACAAGUCAACUGCCACAAUCCCCAGAGUCACUGGACUCUGCUGCCCAACAUUCUGGUGCUGCAGGUGGAUGGUACUUUGGGUCAACACCCGUUGAGCUGCCUAGCAGAGGAUCUUCUCAAACGGGACAGUCAUACUCAAGAGAUUUUUUGGAGGAGGAAUGGCAUUGAAGAGGCACAGAGGGGCAACUUGUACAAGGUACAAUUAGUGGAAAGUUUGGGAGGGGGCAACUACACCUGCCAUCAUGUGGACGGAACGCUCCUCAAUCACACUGAGGUCCUGAUCCUGCAGGACGAGAGCAAGAGGAGGAGGAUCCUUGUGAAAACCAAGCAAGAAUUUCUAAAAUGCUCUACUAAGAAUUAUAACGGAGAGUUCCACUGUUCCUGGACGUGGCACAGCAGUCGAGUUGGCAGAGUAGCGUUUAUCAAAGCUCGACGUGUUUCUGAUGACAAUGGCAUCCAGUGCUCUGUGGAUGGUAGUGGCCAACACUGGAUGUGCACCUCAGCUCGUGGGAACUUCAGCUGCUCCGUGGAUGAUAGUGGGAGCGGAGUUUCUUGCCGGGAUGAGCAGCACUGCCCAUUCGCUGAGGAGAACCAGCCGAUCCACAUGACGGUCUACGUGAGGACCGACCACUUUCUAAUGGAAAUUUACUCUAAACUCUUUUUCCUGUCAGAAAUAGUAAAACCUGACAAGGUGAGGAUUGGCAAAGUCAACACAACAGUGGUGGAGUGGAGUUACCCAAGCUCCUGGAACAUGCCCUAUUCGUACUUUCCCCUCACUUUCCAAAUUUUCCAGGUCAAAGGAAAUUGUGGGAAGUUUGAAAAUCCAUGUGUGGGUUCAAAAUCUUCCAAGGCUUUAACCCUCCACUCCACAGACAUAUGCCAGUUUAAAGUGAAGCACAAAGUGAAAGCUGUUUGUGUCCGAGCAAAGGAUGCUCUCUAUGACUCAGAAUGGAGCGAGUGGAGCCAUGUCAGGUUGAAGCGAACUGUGAAACGCAAGAAGUACAAACAGCAUUAA